GAAGGAUUAGAAUAAACCUGACCGAGGCGCAGAAGUGGCUCCUGAGGAAGCCGGCGCCGGGGCCGCCGCCUCGUGUCGCCUCUGGGCGCAGCGCUCGGGGGUCGGCGGGCCAGAGCCGAGGCGCGGCCGGAGGGCCGGGGGCUGCGGGGCCGAGCGAGCGGCUGUGCGAGGGAGAGGGCGCACGGCAAGCACUGGGGCGACUGGGCAGCCCCCCGCGCCCCGCGGGGUCCCGGAGCCCCAGCACGCGGGCUGGAAGCGACUGAGGACCGCCGCCGCGGGCUGCGGGCGAGCACCGUCCCUCUAGGCAGGGGAUCCGGCUAUGACAGCUGGGCUCCCCAAAGGGUUAACCUGGGUGUCCUCGGCAAAGUUGUCGCCGAGCCGGGAGCCCGCGUAGGGGCCGCGGCGCCGAGGCUCUGGGGGCGGCCGGGCGGCCGGCGGCGGUCGUGGCUCGGCGGGGGCCGCGCGGCCGGGGGGCUGCUGGGGGUGUGCGCCCCCAGCCGGCUGCCCUCGUGGAUGCCUCCCGGCGGCGGCGGGCCCAUGAAAGACUGCGAGUACAGUCAGAUCAGCACCCACAGCUCCUCCCCCAUGGAGUCGCCCCACAAGAAGAAGAAAAUCGCGGCCCGGAGGAAAUGGGAGGUUUUCCCGGGAAGAAACAAGUUCUUCUGCAACGGGAGGAUCAUGAUGGCCCGGCAGACGGGCGUCUUCUACCUGACUCUCAUCCUCAUCCUGGUCACUAGCGGACUCUUCUUCGCCUUCGACUGUCCGUAUCUAGCAGUGAAAAUCACCCCUGCUAUCCCCGUGGUCGGUGGCAUUCUGUUCUUCUUUGUGAUGGGGACCCUGCUGCGCACCAGCUUCAGCGACCCUGGCGUCCUUCCGCGAGCCACACCUGAUGAAGCCGCCGACCUGGAAAGGCAAAUAGAUAUCGCAAACGGCACCAGUUCAGGGGGGUACCGCCCACCUCCCAGAACCAAGGAAGUCAUCAUCAAUGGCCAGACUGUGAAACUUAAAUAUUGUUUCACCUGCAAGAUUUUCCGGCCCCCUCGUGCCUCUCAUUGUAGCCUUUGCGAUAACUGCGUAGAACGAUUUGAUCACCACUGUCCCUGGGUAGGCAACUGUGUGGGGAAAAGAAACUACAGAUUUUUUUAUAUGUUUAUUUUAUCUCUGUCUUUUCUGACAGUCUUUAUAUUUGCAUUCGUUAUCACCCACGUCAUUCUUCGUUCACAGCAAGCAGGAUUCCUAAAUGCUCUUAAGGACAGUCCUGCAAGCGUGCUGGAGGCCGUGGUCUGCUUCUUCUCCGUCUGGUCCAUCGUGGGGCUCUCGGGUUUCCACACGUACCUGAUCAGCUCCAACCAGACCACAAAUGAAGACAUUAAAGGAUCUUGGUCAAAUAAAAGAGGUAAAGAGAAUUACAACCCCUACAGCUACGGAAAUAUCUUUACAAAUUGCUGUGUUGCCCUGUGUGGGCCCAUUUCUCCAAGCCUCAUUGACAGAAGAGGGUACAUCCAGCCUGACACCCCACGGCCAGCCGCACCCUCCAACGGGAUGGCCGCGUAUGGGGCCACACAGUCACAGAGCGAUACGUGCGACCAAGACCAGUGCAUUCAGAGCACCAAAUUCGUUUUGCAGGCCGCGGCCACGCCCCUGCUGCAGAGCGAGCCCAGCCUAGCCAGCGAUGAGCUGCACCUGCCCGGGAAGCCGGGCCUGGGCACGCCCUGCGCCAGCCUGACGCUGGGGCAGCCCACGCCGCCCUCCUCCAUGCCCAACCUCGCCGCCGAGGCCGCGCUCACAGACAUACUGCCCCUGAAAGAGGAGCACGUGGGCCACCAGUUCCUGACCCCGGAGGAAGCGCCCUCGCCGCCCGGGAUGUUGGCGGGCAGCCCGCUGGCGCACAGCCGCACCAUGCACGUCCUGGGCCUCGCCAGCCAGGACUCUCUGCACGAGGAUUCGGUGCGCGGCCUGGUGAAGCUCAGCUCCGUGUGACCGCGGGGCCCCGGCCCGGGGGCUGCAGACAGCAGGAGCGACGGACGGACGGCCCCACCGCGACUUCCGGCGACCCAGUGCCGGGGUGGCCACGACGACUCCAGGUCCUGAGGCAGGAAGAGCCCUGGGAGAAAAAUCGGAUCCCCCUCUGAUGGCAGAGGAGGGCAGGACCCAAAGGCUGGCAGCUUGGUUCCAUUUGAAUUUUCUGCCCCACCCUGACCAUUCUGAUAACGGUGGAAACAGAGACGUAGCUGUUUUCAGGUCUUUGGAAUAUGGAGGGUGGGCGUGGGGAGGGAGGAGCCUCCGGGGGCCCCCAGUCGGAGUCUGGGCGGAGAGGAGGCUGCCUGGGCGUUCCUCUUGCUGUUCUGGGACAGAUACACGGAAGGUUUAUGACACUUGUGGCCGGACUGAAAUUGCACUUAAGUGUUAUGCUACUAAUAUUUGAAACAGACAUGCCAUUCCAUUUGUUAAUUUAAGAAAAACCUAAAGGGAAACAAUGACCAGAUGUGGACUUGCAUGCCACGCUGCAGUCUGUUCACGGUGGUGAUGGUAUUGAAAGGCAACUGCUGCUUUCUUUCUUCUUCCUUUUUUUUCUUUAAUUUUGUGAAUUCUCAAGUGCUGUUUUAUGGGAAGACAGUGCAACAAACCAAGACUAAUGGACCAUGCCAUCCGUCGCCAGCUUCUUCAGCUUAAUUCUACAUGGGUAGGUGGCGCGCCUGGGCUGCGGAGGGCUGCCGGGGUUUUAUCCCAUCAAGCAUCAGUUAACCUUCUGUUUAGUAGUUAGCCGAGGUGUUGUGUUGUACCACACCUGCCACAGUCUUCACCUCCUUGUGUGACCAAACUCCUGUGGACAGCCAAUAAAAGGACGUCCUCUGUUA